UCUUUAAAGAUGGCCGGAGCGGCUGUGGUGGCGGCGGCGGCCACCAGCGCGACCCCCGUUUCCCGCGUCUGCCGGGAGCCCUACGAUGUGAACCGCUUCAUGAUCGAGUGCGACAUAUGCAAGGACUGGUUCCACGGCAGCUGUGUCAGAGUAGAAGAACAUCAUGCUGUUGACAUUGACCUGUACCACUGUCCCAAUUGUGCAGUUCUUCAUGGACCCUCCUUAAUGAAAAAGAGAAGGAACUGGCACAGGCAUGAAUAUACUGAAUUUGAUGAUGGUACCAAACCAGUUCAAGCUGGAACACGAACAUUUGUAAAACAGCUUCGAGCUCGUUCAUUCCCAAGUGCUGAUGACAUCAUUUUGAAAAUGCAUGGCAGCCAGCUAACACAAAGAUACCUGGAGAAGCAUGGUUUUGAUGUUCCCAUUAUGGUUCCCAAAUUAGAUGGCUUAGGUCUGAGACUUCCUCCCCCUACUUUCUCUGUUCUGGAUGUGGAACGAUACGUAGGUGGCGAUAAAGUGAUAGAUGUUAUUGAUGUGGCAAGACAGGCAGACAGUAAAAUGAAGCUCCAUAAUUAUAUUAAGUAUUUUAUGAACCCUGACAGACCGAAAGUAUUAAAUGUGAUCAGCCUCGAAUUUUCGGACACAAAGAUGUCAGAAUUAGUGGAAGUUCCUGAAAUUGCCAGAAAACUCUCAUGGGUGGAAAAUUACUGGCCAGAUGACUCAGUUUUUCCCAAGCCUUUUGUUCAGAAAUAUUGCCUGAUGGGAGUCCAGGAUAGCUACACAGACUUUCAUAUUGAUUUUGGGGGCACUUCUGUCUGGUAUCAUGUUCUCUGGGGUGAGAAAAUCUUCUACUUAAUCAAACCUACUAAUGAAAAUUUGGCAAUCUACGAAGCAUGGAGUUCAUCUGUCACUCAGAGCGAAGUUUAUUUCGGAGAUAAAGUUGACAAGUGUUACAAAUGUGUUGUGAAGCAAGGGCAUACUUUGUUUGUUCCCACAGGCUGGAUUCAUGCUGUGCUCACAUCUCAGGACUGUAUGGCUUUUGGAGGAAAUUUUUUGCACAACCUCAAUAUUGGCAUGCAGCUCAGGUGUUAUGAAAUGGAGAAAAGGCUAAAAACCCCAGAUCUUUUCAAAUUCCCUUUCUUUGAAGCCAUCUGUUGGUUUGUGGCCAAAAACUUACUGGAAACUUUGAAAGAAUUGAGAGAAGAUGGUUUUCAGCCCCAAAUCUUCUUGGUGCAAGGAGUAAAAGCUUUACUUACUGCUUUAAAGUUAUGGAUGAAAAAAGAUCUGGUAACAGAACAUGCCUUUGAAAUUCCAGACAACGUUAGACCAGGGCAACUCAUAAAAGAACUUUCUAAAGUGAUUCGUUCUGUAGAGGAAGAGAACAGCAAACCAGUGAAAGCUCAGGGAAUUCUUGGUGUGUGCCAAGUUUCACGGUCCUCAAAUGAAUCAGCCUCCACUCAUCAUUCCAGACGAAAAGCAAGGAAGCUACGAGACCAUGCUGUCAAAACGCCUUCUAAUUUGGACAUUCUGGAACUCCACACAAGGGAAGUGCUCAAAAGACUAGAGAUGUCCCCGUGGGAAGAGGACACAGCAAAUUGUAAACUGAAUGGAAGGUUUAACAAGCCUCUUCAGCCAUCUUCAACUGUUCCUGAAUGGCGAACGAAGGACAAUGAUUUACGGCUUCUGCUGUCAAAUGGAAGAAUAAUUAGACAUGAGAGGCAGCCCUUUAGAGAUCCAAGUCUUUACACUGCGGACAGUGAAGAUGAGGAUGACAGGACAAAAUCAAAGGAGGAAGAAACUGUUAAGUCAGAAGAGCAAAACUCAGAGGAAGCCGAUGGCAGUGCAGAUGCCCAGAAACCACUGAACAUGUUCUUUGAAAGUGUGAAAUCAGAACUCAGGAAUGGAACCUCAGAAUACUCUGAUAUUUCUGACUCAGAAGACUCUGAGCCUGAUUGCACUAACCAGCAAAAAGAUUCCUCUCUAGAGGAGUCAGAAAGCUCAGGAGAUGAGAAACAGGAAGUAACUUCAAAUUUUAAAGAGGAAUCUGAAGUAACAAGUGACCUCUAUCAAUCUUCACAGAAGCCAUCAAGACAUGUAACUAUAAGUAAAAGGGAAUGUCCUACCUCGACAAGUACGGAGGAAGAAGCUAUUCAGGGCAUGCUUUCUAUGGCAGGAUUGCACUAUACCACUUGUUUACCAGGUUACACACAGAGCACAGACUGCACUGAUAGAAAAAGCUCUCUUCAGGAACACAGAAGCUAUCCCAAAAGUCGGCAUAAAGACAAGCUGUCUUCCCAUAGUCAUAAAGCAGAAAGUGGUAAGCACAUUAAAGAAGAAGUGGGGACUUUAACAUUAGCUACACCAUUACAUGCAGUUUCUAGAGUAAAUCCUCAGGACAUUAACAAAACUCAGAAAUCCACAAAGAAAGAAGGUGUGUGUGAAGCCACUUACAAAAUUCAAGAAAACAGGAGUCAUUUACAAAGUAAUGGUUUGAACUUCCAACAUGGUAAAUGUAUGCGGGACUCCAGCUUAAUUCAAGGGGAAUGCAGGCUCAGUGAUGACAGCCUCAGCCCUGACAGGCCAUAUGGCGAAACAUCAUUGUCUGUCCCUCUUCAUCCAACCAAGCGGCCCGCAUCGAAUCCACCCCCUAUCAACAAUCAGGCAACAAAAGGCAAGCGUCCAAAGAAAGGAAUGGCAACUGCCAAACAACGCCUUGGAAAGAUUCUAAAGCUAAACCGAAAUGGCCAUGCCCGCUUCUUUGUUUGAUGUAGGAGCAGCUAUCACUGCUGCUCCCUCUCUCUUUUUUAAACACACAGACCAGUAUUGAGGGUAACAGUGCCUGGAGCUUCUGUUUAUUCCUCAGCUCGAAACAGAAUGCAUGUAUCCUAUUAGAACACUGCCUGAUGAACAAAAACGCAAUGCUGCAUUUUCACUGUGCCACACCUGCUCAGCAAUAACCAUUUGGGUAAACAGGGGAAUAUUCAAAGAGACAAUGGAUUGGGAGACGGUCCUUCUUUAUUCAGGGCUCAAUCAUUUUGUUGCUGAUAGUGUCUGAGCUAAUUCAUGAACAGGAGAGUGGGAUGAAGGUGGUUAUCAAUAAUUUAUUUGACAGAUCUUGGCAACUAUUUGAAUUCAUUUUUAAACUAUUUAUUUGGAAGACGUUUUUUGUGGGAGCAAUGACUUUAAUUUUAUAUGUUAAAAAAUGUGAAGGGUUUUUUUUUUUAAUUGUCCUUAAUGUAUGUCUUGCAGUGGGGAGCCACAUGAAUGAUUUACUCUGGAUACAAGCAUUUGAUAUAGAUUAUAGUCUUAAAAACAUGGAUGUGGUGCAUUAUUAAUUUAAAUUAAGGCACAUGAAAUCAUACUUUAAUUUCUGUCAUUUAUAUAAGCUCUUGGCUGGCUUUUUCCUGGACUUAUCUAAAGUACGCAUUCUCUGCCUGUUUCGUCAACUUCUCUCUCAUCCCUGGCCCCUUAUCCCUAUCCUGCUUUGCCAUUUAUUAUGGACUGUAAAUUGGCACAGCACUGGCAGAGGGAAGCUUGAACCAGUAGGUUCAGUAGUGCUUUUGCUCUCAUACACGUCCUUCUCCCCCCCCCCCCCCCCCAUUUGUUUUCAUGUCACGGAGAAUGAUCCAUGCAAAGCAUGGGUACCUGUACACCAAGGAUAGCACUACAAUUAGUACAUGUAGACACUUAAAAAAUGCUUUUUGUGGAGGUAGAUUGUUAUGGUGGCAGAGUACUGCUUGAUUGCAUA